AUGAUGAGUACCAAGCGCGCCGAAGUCCUCCUAGGAAGUGGAAAUUAUUUCCAUUGGGAGUUCAAUAUGAGGAUGUCGCUCACCAGAAAAGGACUGCUGGCGCACGUGGAGGUGGUCAAGCCGGAGAGCGAGAUAACGGAAGCUUGGUUAGUAAAUGAUGCAAAGGCUCUCGGCAUCAUCGCGCAGGGUGUGGAACUACAACACCAGACAAAGAUCCGUUCGUCGACGCGUGCUAUUCAAGCGUGGGUAACACUUAGGGAGUUCUACAAUCGCACUACACUCCACAAUCGGGUCACGAUGACACGGCGCCUCCACGAAUUCAAGAUGGAUGCUGGAACGGCCAUGGCAAAGCAUUUGGACGCUUUCGACGAGCUCGUUGUCGGUCUUCAGACGCUUGAAGAGCCCGUCGACGAGGCACGGCAGCUAGUGGUGCUGCUGAGCAGCCUUCCAGCCGAAUACGAGCUGAUAUCGUCGAUCAUCAAGAACGUCAAGGACAUCACGCUCAUCGAGGUGAAAGAGAAGCUGUUGAAGGAGUGUGAACGGUUGGAGAAGAAAGACACGACUUUGGAACGAGCAUUUAAGGUCAACGCUGGACGUUUCAAGGGCAACAAGAGGAGUGGUCGCAAGUGGAGCGAUCAGAAGAAGAACUCUAGUGGUUUCCAAGGCAAGUGUUUCAAGUGCAACAAAGUUGGGCACAUGAAGCGAGACUGUCAAGAGGGAACAACAGACGGCGAUGCGGUAUUUGGUGUGAGCACAGAACGUGUAAACGGAUGGUUGAUCGACAGCGGCGCGACCGCCCACAUGACCCCGCACCGUUCCGAUCUGUUCGAGUAUGAGAACGUGAAUGGUGGCAUCGAAGUAACAAUCGCUGACGGAAAGAAGCUGCAGGUCACUGGACGUGGUACGGUACGCUUGCUUGGACUGGACGGUAAACGGAUUAAGAUGGUUGAAGUUCUUCACAUACCGGGCCUCGAUCGGCGUCUGUUGUCAGUGGGGGAAGCUCGCGGAUCGUGGACUGAACGUGGAGUUUCAGCGUUCCUCAUGUGUUAUAUGGGGAGCGGCUAG